UGGUGGACUUGGCGACUGCAGCGUGCUCAAAACUCCGUCCCAAACACUUUGGAAAAUACUUACUGUCGCAACCCGGUUUUAGAUAUAAAUUACCUGGGGACAACCAUAGAUAAUACAUUGUGAAAAACCUUGAGGAAAGUGACUUUUUCGUCACCGGACAACUGUUUAUUCCAAGACUGAAGAAAGCGGGGAGUUUCGGAGCGUGGUGGUGGUGGUUGGUGCUCGUAAAGGACGCUAGCGAACGGUAGCCAAAGUGUCAACAAAAGUGUGAAGACGGUGCAAUUGUGGGAGCUUUUUCCCCUGCUGUCGACAUAAACCACGGAGUCCAUCCAGCCCUCUGCUGCCGCCGCCUUCAUACCAACUGUCAAAUCUGUGAGGAGCAGACUUGACAGUUGGACUGAAAGCAGGCUAACUUUAGCUAGCUAACCUCAGCUAGCUUUGUUGUGAACUGUGGAUCAAAGCGCUACUCAGAAUGCCACGGAGUAAGAAGGGGAAACGUGGCUCCAGCAAGCCGGGCUCUCUUCGUCAAGAGGUUCUUCAGCUGCAGCUGUCGGCUAAAGCCUCGCUGAAAGGUAUUAAAAAUGGGGUGAAGGGAGAGUCGGGUGCCAGUGAUGAUGAGCUGACGUCUGAUGUCCUCAGCCACUACAGCAGUGCCAGCGAAAGCACCUCAGUGCUGGAAGAGGGCACAGGAGGGGAGCAGGUGGAUGAGCAGACUGCCCAGGAGGAAACAGAAGACAAACUCAAGCAGUGUAUAGACAACCUGAUGGAUAAGAGCACAAAGACGCGUCUAGCAGGUCUCGAGUCAUUGCGACAGGCCUUCUCUGCCAGGCUGCUGUACGACUUCCUGACAGAAAGACGCCUCACCGUCAGCGACUGUCUGGAAAGGAGCCUUAAGAAAGGCAGCGGGGAGGAGCAGUCAGCAGCAGCCACAGUCUUUGCCCUGCUCUGUAUCCAGCUGGGGGGUGGAGAUGAGGCAGAGGAGGGCUUCAAGAUGCUUCGUCCUAUCCUCACCUCCAUCCUGAUUGACAGCAGUGCCAGCAUAGCAGCCCGCCAGAGUUGUGCCAGAGCUUUGGGGAUGUGCUGUUACGUCUCUGCUGCUGAAGACGGGGAGGACUUGAUCAAGUCGUUGACCCUUCUGGAGAGUGUGUUCAUGUCUUCCUACCCCAACAGAGAGGGAACACUGCCCACACCCAAACCCGGCAGUCCAGGCCUCCACUGCGCGGCCCUGCAGGCCUGGUCACUACUAGUCACCCUCUGUCCUGCGUCAAGACUGACUGUGCUGCUUAACCAUCACCUCCCCAAACUGCAGGCGUGUCUGCAGAGCAGUGACGUCAACUACAGGAUAGCAGUGGGAGAGACCAUCGCUCUGCUGGUGGAGCUGGGACGAGAUAUAGAAGAGGAGUUCGAGGUGGAGGACAGUGAAAGUCUGUGUCACUCUCUGAAGAGUUUAGCCACUGACGGCAACAAGCACCGAGCCAAGAACGACAGGCGGAAACAGCGCUCCAUCUUCAGAGAGGUGCUACAUUACAUCGAGAACGAGGACUUCACAGAGGAGAAGAUCAGGUUUGGCGUGGAGAGUGUUUACAUCGACAGCUGGAUGAGAAGAAGAAUCUAUGAUGCCUUCAAAGAGAUCAUGGAAUCCGGAGUCAGACACCACCUACAGUUCAACCCACUACUGAGAGACAUCUUUGGCCUUGGCCCGCCCCUCAUCCUGGACGCUACUGUCAAAGGCAACAAGAUCUCUCGAUUUGAGAAGCAUCUUUUCAACUCAGCUGCUUUCAAGGCGAGGACAAAACAGAGGAGCAAAGUCAGGGACAAACGGGCCGACGUCAUGUGAGAGAAGGACGAGGAUGGGAUGAAUGGAUGACUAAACGAGGAACUCCUUGGGCUGUACUGAGAUGGGUACAGAAUGAUGCCUUCAGCUGCAAAGACUCAACAAACUCUAAACAGGGCUUUUUCACUUGUGCUCUUCACCUGCAAAUUAAUUCUCAAGAUGGCCAACAUUUAUUAGCAACUCCCACAGGCAAAGGCAGUCUCGCUGAGGAACAGUGUUACUGCUCCUCUGAGCAGCCAUGUGCUAAAGUGAUGCUAAACCUCUUUUAUGUGGGAUUGAAUCGGCUUCAUUACACAGGAGAUUUUCUGUGCUCACGAGAUGUGAUCUUCAGAUAUGAAAAAGGUGUUUUAGUCAUUUUAUCAAUACAAAUACAGAGAAAGUAAAGUAUGAAGUGUCAUUGUGAGAGUCAAACAUUUUUAAAGCUUUAUGGUACAUUUGAGAAUGUGUGGAAGCCUUCCAUGUUACACUCACUGAAACCCUCUUUGGUGCUCUUGGGUAUUGUUUUUGAUACUCAUCUUGAUGUGCUGCCCAGCGGCUUGACAGUCAAGUCUUUUAAAUCCAGUUUCCACAUAAAGCCACUUUUCCAUAACAAGUCCAGGUUAAUCUCUGAAACUAGAUAUUUGAUCAUCCACUUCUAAAACAAAAAGCAAAAUAAAUGAAGAGCAUCAGAUAUAACCUGGAAAAACUCUCCUCUACUCUGGGCUGAUGAUUCCUCCUUCUCCCCCUCUAUCCUCCUGUUUCUACACCUCGAGUGGCUGCUCCAGCUGCUAAGCCAGAAACCGACUAUACAAACAAUGCAACCUACAAGAAAAUGUGUGUGGUGUUUUGCUUAAGUGUGUUUUAUUUAAAUUAUAUUUAACAUGAAAUAAAACACAACCAUAUAAACAAGAACAUGCCUAAUUAAAAUAUGAAAUUGAAGAGUUAAUAUUGUCAUGUUUGUAUUGAUUUUUUUUGAGAGGAAAAAUACAUUUUAACCAUUUUGGGUGGAAAGUUGUAUUUUACUUUCUAAUUUAUUAAAAUAGCAGUACUGUGUGAUUUUUAAGAAAUUAAAGAAUGCUAAGAAUUGUUUACAGACACAAUUAUGGGAUGACGAGGAAUUUCUAUUUUUUUUCCCAUGUAUGUUUUUAAUGCGGGUUGGCGGGUCAUACAGUCUAUCUAUAUGUAUGUAUUGCAGAUAGAAUGUAUAGAGGGAUUUAUGGUAAGGUGUGCACUUGAAUCAUGAGAUGCAUUUGAAUGACUUCCCCUCUGAUGAACUGUAAAUACGUACAGGCCACUAACCUGAGCUGCUGAUCAGAAGAGUUGGCCUUUGUAACGGUCAUCAGGUUAACAUGUAAAAUUCAGUGCUCCUGACUGUGGCCGCAGCAUUUUCAGUGUGUCUGAUUGUAUUGAAUUUUCAAAGCACACUUAACAGCUGCCUGGAUAUUUCAGUACUUUGGUGAAAACUUUUCAUCAGCUUUCACGGUUUCCUGUGGCCUCCCAUAUUACAGCCUCACCAUACUGUCUUAUUAUUGGUUCUGGUGUUUCAGAACGUGGACAGAAGAUGCAUCACAUGAAAUAAACAUUA